CAAGAUCAUCAGCGUUGCCAAAGGAUUUACUUCGGUCAAAUUCUCUUGCGAGGCUGGGUCAAAUUGCAGAAAAUUCAGCAAGUUGUUGAUUGCACCCGUAGCCAACAGGAAGCUCUGCCUGCUGUGGGAGCGCGCCUCGAGCUGAUCGGGGCCGGCGGUGCGAUAUGGACAGCAUUUCGGCCGCUCACAUGAAUAGCAGAAGCCCGUUGGGUCUGUCGAGCAGGCAAUUGCAGCCGCUGCUGCUCCCCGCACACAGGAAGCCAGUCUCUCAGGCCUCCUGGGACCGGCUCACCAGCCGGAGAUAUCUGCGAGGAGACAGCCGUUGUGAGGCGCUGCACCUGCCACAGGAUUGGUUGGAGAGAGUAGGGGAGGAGGACUGGUCGUUUGGUCAACAGAAACUGGUUCAGGCCAAAAGCCAAUCAAAGGGGCUUUCCGCCCACCUCCUGAACGCCGCCUUCAAGGCUCUCUACCUCGGCUUGAGGCUGACACACCUCGCCGUACAAAUGGCGCACCACAUCGUUGCAGACAUCAGGCGAGCUCUCUGGUGGCAGGAGCGCACAGUGCGGGCUCGAGCCGAGGUAGCAGCACGGAAGCGCCAGGCAGAGCAACAGCGGCUUCAGUCUUUGCGAAGGGAUCAGGAGAACAGCAUGCGGCAGGCAGUGUAUGAUGCGCAGUUCAGCCGCGUGAUGCAGACAAUGGAUGACCCCAGCAUCCCCCUAGAGCAGAAGUGGCCGGCCAUUGCAGAACAGUGCAGCAGGAAAGAGGAGUUCAGGAAUGGGCUGUCCCAGCUGUUCAAGCUGGCUGAGGAAUCUUCCGAGGUCAUGCAGUCUGCCACCAAGAACCCAGCAGCCUUCUGGAAGAGCGAGCACACAAUGAGUGUCAUCGCUCAGGAGGAGGCUCUCAAGCGCCAACUCUACCUGCAGAUGCUGCAUGGCGCUGGCAUCUGAAAUUUGCUGCAGUUGCUUGGCGCCCCUCGUCAAGGGUUCAUACAGUCAGAUCUGCGCGCAGAAUUGCGCUCUGCUGCUGCUUCCGCAACUUUGAUUCGCAGCUUUCGUCCUCGAAUUUGAUGUGAGCGCGCCAGAUUAGCGUGCCUUUGUUGGGAUAUAUAUUGAUGUGCUGCAGCUGGGCUGCAAAAGCCAGACAUUGCUCGAGGGAGGAGCAGGGGUUGAGAGAUGCCCCCUCCUUGCUGGAGCUCAAGAACACUUAUUUGCGGUGUAAGCUUUGCUCUUGAUUGCUUCCUUUGUGCGGGGCAAAUUCAAAUCUUGUGUAGCUACAGUAUCUCCAAGAUGGCUGACCAUCAGGAGCAUUGGAACAAAACGGAACCAGCAUUGCUGAAAGCCUAUGCUGACGCUGCAAGAGCGAUCGCAUGAGAGCUAAAAUGAAGCGUGAGUGCUUUCUAGGUAGGUAGUGACUGAGGUAGCUGAUAGCGAUGUGAGAAUGCUGUACUAUCAGACGAGAGCUUCGAUUAGGCAGAUUUAGGUCUAGCUAGGUAUGGAGCGCCAAUUGCGUGUGAUAGUGCAGAGAAUGCUUUGCGAGACUGUAUCAACAUGAUACAGUGUGAUGCGCCCACAACUUGACGGAAGAUGAAAUCGAACUGAUGCUUUUCACAUGCCCCAAAGAGGAGCUGAGACUAAUGUGUAAUCAAUUUAUUGGAC